AUGGAUACAGAUACGAUCUCAGUCACCGGUGUUGAGGAACUAGAAAAGCAUCUUGAUGAACUCAUCUCAGAUCCGAAUCUAGAACCAACUCUUAAGCUGUUCGACGAUGUGGAGCUCCAGCUUACUGAUGCCAACAUCCCGCCUCUUAUUCCGAGGCUUCUACCAAAAAUCACCGAGAUCCUUAAGCAGUACCAGCAGGAUCCCAAAAUUCUAUGUAGCUUAGCGAUCAAGCUCCUUAGACCCCUCACUUUCACUCAGAUACUAUCACUAGCUUCGGAAGAGGCUUUAAUACAAGCUCUACGGUCUCCCGCUCCGUCAGCAAAUAUUCUUGCCAUGACCGUGCUUGAAAAGGCCACCAAGUCACCAGGCGACGCCGCUAUUCUAGCUAGGAUGAACAGUAUAGUUACGCACUUCCUAAUACAGUGGCUGAGUGCACCGCAAGUUGAAGUUGGCGAGAAGGGUUCUAGAGUCCUAGGCGAUCUUCUGGAUGUUGACUGCGAUACUCGACCACCCGAUGGCCUAUCAGUUAAUGGCAUGGAAAUCGCGAUCAGGAAGCCGCCCGGUCAAGGGCUAUUGUGGCGGAGAAUUUUCUACGAUCGCGACGUAUAUGAGCUUAUAUUGUCGCUCUGGGCAAAUCAUCCUCUCGGUAUCCAGCAGCAGUCCCUUGCUCAAGGCCGUCUUCUCCGGAUCUUACCUCGUCUGACGGCUCUAAACUUCCGUGCUGUAACUUGGUCCGAUUUUACCGACUUGAACCAGAAAUACGCCAAGUCUAACGGCAAUGGGGGGUUACUACAUUUUGCUGCCCUGUCGAUGGUUGAUAAAGAGGAUAUGUUGCUGCAUCUUACCCUGAUCGAUUUCUUCGAGGCCCUUCUAAGCAUUCAGCGGGUCACACCAUUUUCUACCUACAAGAUUGAUACGCUUAAAAGUCUUGUAAGAGAUGCUACUGCGCAGGAUAAUGCCUUGAAGGCGGCAAUACUCACCUUGCCCGAACGAACUGUACCCGAAGAAGCUGAUGACCUCCGACAAUUCAUCCGAGAGAUCCUGAAUCCUUAG